CCUGUAACACCCUGGGUCUUGUCUAUUCAUUUUAUAUAUUAAUGUAAUUUAUUUCCAGCAGAUGGACACACAAGCAGGAACAUCUCAGAAGGACAUCUAAUGUUAUCCCUGGAUUCUGAAAUAACCGAUAACGACAGUAGACAGGAUUUUCCAGGAGCCAACCCCAUUAUCCCAAUUAUAUAUCCAGCUCUAUCAGCUGAUCCCACUGAUCCUGGGGAAUGUUCUCCUGAUCACUCUGAUAUUGGUGCAUCUGUUACAGCUCUGACAGUAGAUACAGUGUUUCCCUGUUCUAUAGAUGCCAAAUGUUUUACACAGAACACAAAGCGUAUUACCAAUCAGCCAGCUAAGGCAGGUGAGAGUCCAUUUCCAUGUUCUGAGUGUAGGAAAUGUUUUGCACAGAAAUCGGCUCUUGUUACACAUCAGAGAAGUCACACAGGUGAGAAGCCAUAUUCCUGUUCUGAGUGUAGGAAAUGUUUUGCAACAAAAUCAUUUCUUGCUACACAUCAGAGAAAUCACACAGGUGAGAAGCCGUAUUCCUGUUCUGAGUGUGGAAAAUGUUUUGCACAUAGAUCACAUUUUGUUAUUCAUCAGCAUGCUCACACAGGUGAGAUGCCAUUUUCCUGUUCUGAGUGUGGGAAAUGUUUUCCACGGAAAUCACAUCUUGUUCCACAUCAGAGAAGUCAUUUAAGUGAGAAGCCAUAUUCCUGUUCUGAGUGUGGGAAAUGUUUUGCACAGAAAUCAACUCUUGUUAUACAUCAGAGAAGUCACACAGGUGAGAAGCCAUAUUCCUGUUCUGAGUGUGGGAAAUGUUUUGCACUGAAAUCAAAUCUUGUUCCACAUCAGAGAAGUCACACAGGUGAGAAGCCAUAUUCCUGUUCUGAGUGUGGGAAAUGUUUUGCACAGAAAUCAACUCUUGUUAUACAUCAGAGAAGUCAUACAGAUGAGAAGCCGUAUUCCUGUUUUGAGUGUAGGAAAUGUUUCACACAGAAAUCAGCUCUUGUUAUACAUCAGAGAAGUCACACUGGUGAGAAGCCAUUUUCCUGUUCUGAGUGUGGGAAAUGUUUUGUAUGGAAAUCACAUCUUGUCACACAUCAGAGAAGUCACACAGGUGAGAAGCCAUAUUCCUGUUUUAAGUGUAGUAAAUGUUUCACACAGAAAUCAGCUCUUGUUAUACAUCAGAGAAGUCAUACAGGUGAGAAGCCGUAUUCCUGUUCUGAGUGUGGGAAAUGUUUUGUACGGAAAACACAUCUUGUUUUACAUCAGAGAAGUCACACAGCUGAGAAGCCAUAUUUCUGUUUUGAGUGUGGGAAAUGUUUUGCACAGAAAUCAGCUCUUGUUAUACAUCAGAGAAGUCAUACAGAUGAGAAGCCGUAUUCCUGUUUUGAGUGUAGGAAAUGUUUCACACAGAAAUCAGCUCUUGUUAUACAUCAGAGAAGUCACACAGGUGAGAAGCCAUUUUCCUGUUCUGAGUGUGGGAAAUGUUUUGUACGGAAAUCAAAUCUUGUGUUACAUCAGAGAAGUCACACAGGUGAGAAGCCAUUUUCCUGUUCUGUGUGUGGGAAAUGUUUUGCACAGAAAUCACAUCUUGUUUUACAUCAGAGAAGUCACACAGGUGAGAAGCCAUUUUCCUGUUCUGAGUGUGGGAAAUGUUUUGUACGGAAAUCAGAUCUUGUCACACAUCAGAGAAGUCACACAGGUGAGAAGCCAUUUUCAUGCCGUGAGAGAAAUAAAUCCGCUCUUGUUGAACAUAUUAGACAUUACCCAAGUACGGAACCAUUUAAAUCUUCUGGAGUAUAAUUAUCACUGUCAUCCAAUGUUCCUCAAGGGUGAAUCCUAUCUCCUAUGCUUUAUAAAAUAUACAUGCUACCACUGGGUGAUAUAAUCAGACGUCAUGGCCUGGUCUACCACUGCUAUGCUGAUUACCUGCUUUUUGCUCCAUGUACUGAGAACCAAAUACCAAUCCUAAAUGGUUGUCUAGCUUAGCGCCAGGGGUGGAUGAUGCCAGUUGGCUGUGACUCAGUCUUUGUGAAACAUAAUAGAAGCUCCCCAACAAAGGACAAGACUACAGCUUUACCAACCAUCUGGAUUUAUGCUUUGGUGUUCAGAAUUGAAAAUACUGAACAUGUGCUGAAUCUUUGUGUUGUCCUGGUAUGUGGCUGACACAGACAUCAGGUAUCUGCCACAUACAAAUCCUCAUUCUUCCAUCUGUGGACCAUAGCCAGAAUCAAGCUCUUGAUUCCCUCAGAAGUUCAUAGACUACUGCAAUGCCAUCUACCUGGGUCUACCAGCAAAAGAAUUACAGAGCUUGCAGCUAGUACAGAAUGCAGCAGCCAAGCUGUUACCUAACCAGCCCGUUCCUGCCGCAUAACACCCAUUCUCUACUCCCUUCACCGGCUGCCUGUAAGAUGACAAAUCUAUUUCAUAAUUGGCUAACUGACCUUCGCAGCCCAACAUUACAUGGUCCAAGGUACUAGAAGCAGCUUCUGCCUCCUUACUGCCCCGCUUGAUUAUUUCUACAGAUGAAGGACUGUUACCAGCAGUACCAAGAAUCUCCUGUCAUUCAUUUAUAGGUUGAAUGUUUAGCUUUGCAGCCCUGACCAUGGAACUCACUGUCUUGCACAGUCCAAGAGGCCUCCACUCUAGAGACCUUCACAAGCAGACUGAUGACUGUUACUCACGCUUUUCAUUAAUGUACCUCUAUUUACUUCCUAAAUAAUACAUCCCAAAUGCUUAGGUCUUUUUUCUGUUGUUUAUUUUGUAUCUUGUGCAUUGUGUAAAUGUGAAUGUCUAAUACCAGUUUGCACAAUCUGUAUUGUUGCACAACAAUAUGGCGGCCAUUGGAACGUGUUUUCACUUCUAGUUUGCCUAACUUGUUGCAGACACUCAUCUUGAUCAGGAGUGCUGAGUGUUUUCAGAUACAAGAUCCUGUCCAUAUAUACCCUGUACAUUAUCAUGUGCAUUAGAGUCACCCGGGUUCCAUCUGCGGUGGUUUGUUGUAUGUUACAUCUAUAUGGUGCGGAUACUCCCCUGUAUUUCAUAAUAAAAGCUUUUGUUUGCAUCUAA